AUGGGCAGGGGGCCUCUGAUCGGUGGCCGGGGCCUUGGGGAAAGGUUGAGGUUUUCUGCUUUCCUAGAUGAGAUAACCCAGAGGGUGUUGAGCCCUGCCCAGCUCCGGGCUCUGGGCUGGAAGGGUGCCCUGGACCAGCCCAGAUACUCUCCUCCCCACGGAAGAUGGAGGGACAAGCCCCCAAGCCAGCCUCUUUUCCCGGAGGCCCAGCUGUCUGAGAUGCAGACCGAUCCAGAUCCACCUGAGUCCAGAGGGGGCUCCGUGGACACGGGAUCCACCUUAGAAGAUGGAGAUUGGGAGCCCAAGGUCAACACCCGGCAGGUGUGGGAGGAGCUGAUGACUCUAAAGGAGCAGUUUCUGAGGCUGCAGGAGGAUUUGGCGAGCACCCACAGGGCCCACCAAGUCCUGGAGGAGAAAUUCCAAAGCCUGGUCUCUAAGUUGGCUUCCAGCACCACAGGAUCGCCUGUGUUCUUGCUCCUGAACGAGGCUCCCAGAUGCGCCCUGGACUCCUCUCUGCCCUGGACAAGCCCCGAGCUGAGGGAGGGGGGUAGUGUGGGGUUUCUGGGUGCAACCAAGGGGGAGCAGCUAGGUCCCUGUGAGAGGCCUCCACACCCCGAUCCCCUACCCCACCCUUCUCAGUGUCAACAGUAA